AACGCUGAACUGGAUUUGUAAAAAGGGAGGAAACACGUGUAUAAAUCUGGAGCUGACUGGUUACCUUCCUAAAUAAAGGAGUAUUCUUUUGAAUAUGGGAUCUACCUUCAGGGUCCCCACCUGCUGGGCACCGUAAUGGUGCUCUGCUCCCCAGCUGAGCCCUUCGCUGCCCUCUGAAGAAGCAGGAUGACAAGAUGGCACAGCUGCUUGUACCGCCCGGACCUGACAGCUUCCGCCCCUUCGUCCCCGAGUCGCUGGCCGCCAUCGAGAGAUGCAUCGCCGAGGAGGAGGCCCGGAGACCGCGUGCGGAGCGCCGCAUCGACAGCGAUGAUGAAAACGGGCCCAAGCCCAACAGUGACCUGGAGGCGGGGAAAUCUCUUCCCUUCAUCUACGGGGACAUCCCUCCACAUCUGGUCUCAACCCCUCUGGAGGAUCUGGACACCUACUACAGCAAUCAGAAGACCUUCAUAGUAUUGAAUCGUGGGAAGGCAAUCUUCCGUUUCAAUGCCACUUCUGCCUUGUACAUCCUGAGCCCCUUCAACCCUCUGAGGAGGGUAGCAAUUAGAGUUUUAGUGCACUCGAUGUUCAGCAUAUUAAUCAUGUUCACCAUUCUGACCAACUGUACCUUCAUGACCCUGAGUAAACCCCCAGACUGGGCCAAGAAUGUAGAGUACACAUUCACAGGGAUUUACACCUUCGAGUCGCUUAUAAAGAUCCUGGCUAGGGGCUUUUGUGUGGGGAAGUUCACUUUCCUGCGGGACCCGUGGAACUGGCUGGAUUUCAGUGUUAUACUCAUGGCAUAUGUCACAGAGUUUGUGGACCUGGGCAAUGUCUCAGCACUGCGAACCUUCAGGGUUCUGCGGGCCCUGAAAACAAUAUCAGUCAUCCCAGGCUUAAAGACCAUUGUUGGUGCACUGAUUCAGUCGGUGAAGAAGCUGUCGGACGUGAUGAUUCUCACCGUGUUCUGCCUCAGCGUCUUCGCCCUCAUCGGCCUGCAGCUUUUUAUGGGCAAUCUGAGGCAGAAGUGUGUGCGCAUGGUGAUCUCCAACAACGCUACGAACAGCAGCAACAUCACCAUGGACGCUAUGGAUUUCAACGGCAGCCCGCUGGACUUUAACUCAACGUUCACGCAAAACACCACAGAGGACGCCUUCGACUGGAUAAAGUACAUCAACGAUGAGCGUAAUUACUAUUACCUCCCAGGCCGUAGGGAUGCUCUGCUCUGUGGGAAUGGCAGCGGUGCAGGACUCUGUCCAGAGGGCUUUGUGUGUCUCAAAGUGGGUCGUAAUCCGGACUAUGGCUACACGAGCUUCGACACCUUCAGCUGGGCCUUCCUUUCCCUGUUCCGACUCAUGACCCAGGACUUCUGGGAAAACCUCUACCAGCAGACUCUACGGGCGGCGGGGAAGCCCUACAUGAUCUUCUUUGUGCUGGUGAUAUUCCUGGGAUCCUUCUACCUUGUCAACUUGAUCUUGGCUGUGGUGGCCAUGGCCUAUGACGAGCAGAACCAGGCCACCAUCGAGGAGGCUCAGCAGAAGGAGGAGGAGUUUCAGGCCAUGCUGGAGCAGCUGAAGAGACAACAGGAGGAAGCACAGGUUGCUGCGGCAGCAGCUACAGAGAGCGGCGAGUACAGCGAGAGAGGGGGCCCCACGUCUGAGUCGUCCUCGGGGACGUCUAAGCUCAGCUCCAAGAGCGCCAAAGAAAGACGCAACAGGCGUAAGAAGAGGAAGCAGAGGGAGGAGGAGGAGGAGAGAGGGGUCCGGGACAAGUUCCACAAGUCCGAGUCUGAGGACAGCAUCAAGAGGUCCACUUUCCGCUUCUCCAUUGAUGCCAACCGGCUUUCUUAUGAGAAAAGAUGCUCCUCACCCAACCAGUCUCUCCUGAGUGUUCGUGGAUCCCUCUUCUCACCCCGGAGGAACAGUCGCGCCAGUCUCUUCAGCUUCCGAGGCCGAGCCCGAGACAUGGGCUCAGAGAACGACUUCGCAGACGACGAGCAUAGCACCUUCGAGGAGAGCGACAGCCGGCGGGGCUCCUUGUUCCUGCCUCGCCGCCUCGAACGCCGCUGCAGCGCCGUCAGCCAGACGAGUCUAGGGGCGCCACGGAUCAUGCUGCCAGCAAACGGAAAAAUGCACUGCGCCGUAGACUGCAAUGGCGUGGUGUCACUGGUCGGUGGAACUUCUGUAACAACUUCUCCUGUAGGUCUCCUGCUGCCUGAGGGGACAACAACGGAUACUGAGCUAAAGAAACGCAGGUCGGGUUUCCUCCAGCCGUCCAUGGACUAUCUGGAAGAACCAGGAGCCCGGCAGAGAGCCUUGAGCGUGGCUAGUAUCCUCACCAACACCAUGGAAGAGCUUGAAGAAUCGAGGCAGAAGUGCCCCCCCUGCUGGUACAGAUUUGCCAAUACUUGUCUAAUCUGGGAUUGUUGUCCUGCAUGGCUGAAAAUCAAAGAGGCUGUCAGCACGGUGGUCAUGGACCCGUUUGUGGAUCUCACCAUAACCAUCUGCAUCGUCCUCAACACUCUUUUCAUGGCCAUGGAGCAUUACCCCAUGACUAGAGAAUUCGAUAACGUCCUCUCGGUUGGAAACCUGGUGUUCACAGGCAUCUUCACAGCAGAGAUGUGCUUGAAGGUUAUUGCCCUGGAUCCUUACUACUACUUCCAGGAGGGCUGGAACAUUUUUGAUGGCAUUAUAGUUAGUCUCAGUCUGAUGGAGCUUGGCUUGGCCAAUGUAGAAGGCCUGUCUGUGCUCAGGUCCUUUAGAUUGCUGAGGGUCUUCAAACUAGCCAAGUCAUGGCCCACGCUGAACAUGCUGAUCAAGAUCAUCGGUAACUCGGUGGGUGCGCUGGGCAACUUGACUCUGGUGCUGGCCAUCAUCGUGUUCAUUUUCGCCGUUGUGGGCAUGCAGCUGUUUGGCAAAAGCUACAAGGAGUUCGUAUGUAAGAUUUCUGAAGACUGCGAGCUGCCGCGCUGGCACAUGUACGACUUUUUCCACUCCUUCCUCAUCGUGUUCCGGGUGCUGUGCGGGGAGUGGAUCGAGACCAUGUGGGACUGCAUGGAGGUCGCAGGACAGACGAUGUGUCUCAUUGUCUUCAUGAUGGUCAUGGUCAUUGGAAACCUGGUGGUUUUGAAUCUCUUCCUUGCUCUCCUUCUGAGCUCAUUCAGUGCUGACAACCUGGCAGCGACUGACGAAGACAGCGAGAUGAACAACCUGCAGAUCGCCGUCGGCCGUAUCCAGCGAGGCAUCUCAUUUGUGAAAAACACAAUGCGGCAGUUCCUUCAGAGCAUCUGCUUCGGCGGAGGCGGCAAGGGAUCGGGUCUGGCCGAGGAGAGCAAACCCCUGGAUGAGCUGCACAGCAACGGCAAAGGCAGCUGCAUCCCCAACCACACCAUGGAGAUCACCAAAGACUCCACUGGGGUGUACAUGAUGGAGGGCAAUGGAAGGCCAGGAGGAGGCCUGGUGGUUGGGGUUGGUGGGGACACUGAGGUGAAGUACCCAGUGGAGGAAUGUGACUACAUGUCAUUUAUCCACAACCCCAGCCUGACGGUGACGGUGCCCAUCGCCGUGGGUGAGUCAGACUUUGAGAACCUGAACACUGAAGAUUUCAGCAGCGACUCAUCAGAUGUGGAGGGCAGCAAAGAGAAGCUCGAUGUGGAGCCCCAGCCUCUGAGCUCAUCCGAGGGGAGUACAGUUGAUAUUCGACCCCCAGGUGAUGGGGUUGAUUCAGUGGAGCUAGAACCAGAGGAGUCACUGGACCCAGAGGCCUGCUUCACAGAGGGCUGUGUGAGCAGGUUCCAGUGCUGUCAGAUUAACGAAGAGGGACCAAAGUUUAAGAGCUGGUGGACACUCAGGAAAACCUGCUUUAUCAUUGUGGAGCACAACUGGUUUGAAUCCUUUAUCAUCUUCAUGAUUCUGCUCAGCAGUGGCGCACUGGCAUUCGAGGAUAUUUACAUAGAACAACGGCGGACGAUCAAAACAGUGCUGGAGUACGCAGACAAGGUCUUCACUUAUGUCUUCAUUCUGGAAAUGCUGUUGAAAUGGGUGGCGUACGGUUUCGUCAAGUACUUCACCAAUGCUUGGUGCUGGCUCGACUUCCUCAUUGUAGAUGUGUCCUUGGUCAGCCUCGUAGCAAAUGCUUUGGGCUACUCUGAGCUCAGUGCCAUCAAAUCUCUGAGGACCCUGCGAGCCCUCCGGCCUCUGAGGGCUCUGUCUCGGUUUGAGGGCAUGAGGGUUGUGGUGAAUGCCCUGCUGGGGGCCAUCCCCUCCAUCAUGAACGUACUCCUGGUCUGCCUCAUCUUUUGGCUGAUUUUCAGCAUCAUGGGUGUCAACCUGUUCGCGGGGAAGUACUACCGCUGCGUCAACACUACCACAGACGAGAUGUUUCCCACCAAUAUCGUCAACAAUAAGACCGACUGCCUGAAUUUGGUCAAUGAAAGCGCUCGCUGGAAAAACAUCAAGAUCAACUUUGACAAUGUUGGGGCUGGUUAUCUGGCUUUGCUGCAAGUGGCCACUUUUAAGGGUUGGAUGGACAUCAUGUACGCAGCUGUGGACUCUCGAAACCUGGAAGACCAGCCUGAGUACGAGGUUAACUUGUACAUGUACCUCUACUUCGUCAUCUUCAUCAUCUUUGGCUCCUUCUUCACUCUCAACCUGUUCAUCGGUGUCAUCAUUGACAACUUCAACCAGCAGAAAAAAAAGUUGGGAGGUCAAGACAUUUUCAUGACAGAAGAACAGAAGAAAUACUACAACGCCAUGAAGAAGCUGGGUUCCAAGAAACCACAGAAACCUAUUCCACGGCCAGCUAAUGCAUUUCAAGGCUGUGUGUUUGACUUCAUCACAAAGCAGGCCUUUGACAUUGUGAUCAUGAUACUAAUCUGCCUUAACAUGGUGACCAUGAUGGUAGAGACAGACGACCAGACGCCAGAGAUGGACACCAUCCUCUACUGGAUCAAUCUGGUCUUCAUUGUGCUCUUCACUGGGGAAUGUGUGCUCAAGAUGAUAUCUUUGCGUCACUAUUACUUCACCAUUGGUUGGAACAUAUUCGACUUUGUGGUGGUGAUCCUGUCGAUUGUAGGUAUGUUUUUAUCUGAACUUAUUGAGAAGUACUUUGUGUCUCCAACUCUGUUCCGAGUGAUUCGAUUGGCCAGAAUAGGCCGCAUCCUUCGCCUUAUCAAAGGUGCCAAGGGCAUCCGGACGCUUCUCUUUGCCUUGAUGAUGUCGCUCCCUGCCCUGUUCAACAUCGGCCUUCUACUUUUUCUGGUUAUGUUCAUCUAUGCCAUCUUUGGCAUGUCCAACUUUGCUUAUGUCAAGAGGGAAGCAGGAAUCGAUGACAUGUUCAAUUUCGAGACAUUUGGGAACAGUAUGAUCUGUUUGUUUCAGAUUACCACCUCAGCCGGAUGGGAUGGCCUUCUGGCCCCCAUACUGAACAAGAGGGAGCCUGACUGUGACAGCCAGAUGGAGCAUCCAGGCAAUUUAUACAAAGGCAAUUGUGGAAACCCAUCAGUAGGCAUCUUCUUCUUUGUCAGCUACAUCAUCAUCUGCUUCCUCAUUGUGGUAAACAUGUACAUCGCCGUCAUUCUGGAGAACUUCAGUGUGGCAACAGAAGAGAGUGCCGAGCCGCUGAGCGAGGACGAUUUUGAGAUGUUCUAUGAAGUGUGGGAGCGUUUUGAUCCUGAUGCUACUCAGUUUAUGGAGUACAGCAAGCUCUCUGACUUUGCAGAUGCUCUCGAUCCACCUCUGCGCAUGCCCAAGCCUAAUAUGACCCAGCUCAUCUCUAUGGACCUGCCAAUGGUGAGUGGUGAACGCAUCCACUGCCUCGACAUCCUGUUUGCUUUCACCAAGCGAGUGUUGGGCGAAGGGGGUGAAAUGGACGUGUUACGUGGACAGAUGGAGGAACGCUUCAUGGCCUCCAACCCCUCUAAGGUGUCUUAUGAGCCCAUCACCACCACCCUGCGCCGCAAACAGGAGGAAAUGUCAGCUAUAGUUAUCCAGAGGGCCUUCCGCCGCUAUAUGAUCUGUCUGGCCAUGAAAAAGGCCUCUGCCCUCUACAAGGAACAGCUGAAGGAAAGCAUCCGUGACCCAGACAAGGAUGUGAUGGUCAUCAGCAAGUUCAACGAGAACUCCACUUCAGAUAAAACGGACAUGACUCCUUCCACGGCCUCCCCGCCCUCCUAUAAUAGUGUGACUAAGUCAGAUAAGGACAAAUACGAAAAAGAAAAUAGGGAAAAAGAAAACAAAGGAAAAGACUUGAAAGACAGAAAGAAAUAAAGUUUUUUAAAAAUGGAACUGAAGUUUAAAAAUGCAUUUAAGGUGAGGGAAAUUUGUUUACAGCUUUUAGAGGGGGUUAGCUAGAUGUGUGCAUGUCUGUUGCUUGUUUGAAGAUGAUGAAUGCUGUGCAGGAAAGCCUAAAAUGGGAGUCCAACUGUGGCAAAUACAAGUACGUGGGAUCACCCCAAAGGGGAAUAUGGAAGCAAGUUAUCCAGCAGACACUGCCUCUCUGCAAAACGCUUGUGAUUUUCCUUUUGGUUGUUGUUACUAUUUGACACAAUUGAGUGUACGGUUAAGUUGUCUGUAGCUAGUGCUGCUGCUACUAUAAAUCCAGUGUCUUGAAUUUAACAAUAGCUGUGUCAUUUAACAAGGUAUUUGCAUACUUGUCAUUCAUUUUCCAUUUUGGUUUUUAUUUUGUUUUUUUGUUUGAUCUUUUUUUAAUGAGGAAGACUGUUUUCUACUCGUCAUUAUUUUGAGAAUGUCUACUGCAUUCACUGAUGUAAAAUCACCAAGGGCAGACAAAGUCAAUGCUGGAAACUAACACCAUCUGAAACUGGUACAGUGCAGGGUCAGUGUUGAAACGCUGGUGGUUCAUUCAGUAUACGAAGCUGAAACAUUUCUCUGAAGUGCAAUGAAGAAAUACUCUGUAGUCACUGGCCUCUAACCAGUGAAGGUUGAAAUCUAUAUUGUGCUUCUAUCUGGACUGCAAUGUUCCUGUUUCAGUAGAAAAAUCUGUUUCUAAAUACAGAGAAGCUGAAUGUAUGCAAGCGGGAGGAAUGAGACACAUUUAAAGAAACAAAUUCAAAGGAAAUAUUCCUGGUUUCCUUUUUUGCCAAGAUUUUGAUGACACCAUUUGCACCACUCUCCUGUCUGUAAAGGCUAUAAUCCAUAGAAAAAGAAAGGGGGGAAAAACAUGCAGGGAGUAAUCUGUAGGGAUGCACCAAUCUGUUUUCCCCAAGAUUCUAAGACCUAAACAUCAGACUGUUGAUCUGAUCGAGUGCCUCUUUUUUUUAAGCGUAAACAUUAAAUUUAGUAAUGUCAAAUGCAUGAACUCACAGGAAGACGCAACUUUGUUUCACUUUUUCAUGGGAAAUCUUUUGGAGGUUUGUGAAAGUUUUAGCAAUAUAGUUUGGUCAUUUGUAAAACUGAAUCAUGGCUAGGUGUCAGUCAACACUUCUCUGCUGAAAGCCUUCCUGCAGUUUUAUUUGUUUUAGCAUGAACUUAUCUGCUUGAUAAUCGUUCACCAUGCUGUUCUCAAGAAUCAAAAAGUUGAGUGUGGGUCCCUUCUCCCCCUGCCCAGAUUCCAGACAUGUUUGGGCCACAUCAUGCCCACUUUUGGCACUUAUGACUCAGUGAUGGCACUGGCAAGUGUUGUGCAGGCCAGAAGUGGACCACAUGUCAAUUGCCAGCCUGGCUUGGAUUAUGGCAAGUGUUAUGUGGUCUACAUGUGGUCCAGAUGUCCAGUUGGCCUGAAUGUAGAUUACAGAAAGUAUUUUGUGAGCCAGAAGUGGUCCUAAUACAGGAAGCCUUCAUUAUGACAAUUUCCUUGUGGGCCACAUGUAGUGGUCAUGUGGCUGAGUUUUGGCAGCAUUUAAUCAAUGCCGUAAGUCAAGACCAAAUUUGGUCUUUUGCUAUCUAGAUGGCGGUUUCCAUCUUGAAGGUGAAGACCAACAGCCAAGUUUCAACCAGUAAAAUAAACUUAAUCCGUGUUGCUCCCUAUGCUAAUUCUUCCUAGCUAGAAUUAGUGAUUCUGAAUGUGUUGUAUGAUAUUUUGGUAUUUCUGAUUUUGAGCUGUUUUCAUCUUUGAUUAAAAAACAAUCAAACAAACAAACAAAAAAUAAACAAACUACCAACUAACUUUAAGCCAGUAGAAGGAAGGGAAGGGAAGUGACUUUUUUUGCUGCUGCCUAUGCCAAUUCUAGCCAACUAACAACAGAUUUGUUUCAGGCAUUAAUUUUUCUUUGUUUUGAAUAAUUGUCUUCACAUAUUUCAGGAUUUCUAUCUAUAAAAGAAAAGGGAAGGUCAGCCAACCAACUUCCAGCCAGUAGAAGGAAAAAGCUUCAUCUGUAAAGCUUACUAUACUAAUUCUUAUCAGGCAUGGAUGCUAAAUGGGUAUUUGGGAUGUUUUAGUGUUUCUGUGUUUUAAAUUAUCUUCAGAUUCUUCAGGGUUUGCCAUCCUGGAUAAAACAAACAAAAACAAACAAAAAACAAACAAACAAACACUGAAGGACCGUCAACCAAAUUUCAGCCAGUAGAAGGAAGAGACUUUUUCUUUUCUGCUGCCUAUGCUAAUUCUUGCUAGUUAGCUAGCUACCAACAGCAGAUUUGUGUCAGGCAUUGAUGCUUCAGAUAUAAAAAUAUACCUAAAUAAAAUGUAGGAGACAGAAAAAAAUCAAUAUUGCACACUGUACAGCAGCCAAAAAACAGCUUAAGGUGGUAGAGCAGUAAAAACAACAAAUACUAUUGCAUUCAACAUGUUUGUGUGUUUAAAAUAGUUGUUUUCACCAUUUUUCUGGAUUUUCUAUCUAUAUAAGAAAGAGGGAAGGACAGCCAACCAACUUUCAGCUAGUAGAAGCAAAAGGCUUCAUCUGUGCUGCCUAUGGUAAUUCUUGCUAGUUAGUUAGCUAACAACAGCAUGUUCUUAUCAGGCAUUGAUGCUGAAUGUUUUUUGGGAUACUGUAGUGUGUCUGUGUUUUAAAUUGUUGUCUUUACAUUGUUCAGGAUUUGUCAUCUUGGAUAUAAAAAAAGGAAGGACCACCAAUGAACUUUCAUCCAGUGGAAGGAAGAGACUUUUCCUUUUUUGCUGCCUAUGCUAAUUCCAGCUAGUUAGAUAGCUAACCACAGAUUUAUAUCAGGCAAUGAUGCUGAACAUGUUUUGGGGAUAUUUUAGUGUUUCUUUGUUUUUAAUGGUUGUCUUUGCAUUGUUCAGGAUUUGCCAUCUAUAUAAGAAACAAAGGACCACCAACCAACUUUCAUCUAGUAGAAGAAAGAGGUUUCAUUGGUGCUGCCGCCUAAGCUAAUUUUUGUUAGCCAGUUAAUGAGAACAGAUGUUUAAUGUGUUUUAUUAUUUCUGUUUUUAUUUGUUCACAUUGUUCAGGAUUUGUCAUCUUAGAUGUAAGAAAGGAAAAGUAAAUGCAACUAAUCAACUUUUAACCACAGGAAAAAAGAGACCUCAUUGGUGCUCUUGCCUAUGCUAAUUCUUGUUAGUAAGCCUAACAGCAGAUUCCCAUCAGGCAUAAUGCCAAAUGUGUUGUGGGAUAUUUUAGUUUUUGUGUUUAAAUUGUCCACUUGCUCAUUGUGUGACCAGAGACUGGACAUAUUGUAAAUAUUUAUGAAAGUUGCAGGUAGUACAGAAAAUGUUGCCAAAUGUUGUCAUUUAAGGUGUGCUGAUGGAAUGUGUUUCAAGGGCCAGACGUUGGCCAGAUGUGAUAAGAUGGCACUGAGAGGGGUAAUUGUAAGUGUUGCAGCCACACUCACCCUGACUCAACGUCAUCAUUCAGGGGUUGAUGGGGGCCAAAGAAAACGGUUGAUGGGGCCAUCAACAUUAAAAGUUACUAAGGGAGUAUUAACCUAAAACCAAUUAGCAGCUUCUUGGGAAUCACAAUAUGGAGAUGGUUGCAACAAUUUAAGAGAUAAAUGGGCAUAAGCUCACUCAGUGCAGAGUUGCUAGAGGGUUUGGGAUAAAAACAGGGUUAAAGACCAGGUAAAUGUGCCAGUAGCAUCCUUGAGAUGGAAUAUAUCCUGGCAUCCCCUUCAUUUAACUUACCUGUACAUCUGAUUGACAGAGAUUUUGUGCCUCUUACACCUGCUGGUGAGAAACAGCUAAGCUAAUUUUUGUAAUAAGAAUGAGUAGUACAACAUGCAUUUUUAUUGUGUUUCGCCAGUGUACCCGAAAUGUUUUAAGUCUACUUUUCCAAAAGUGGAAUCAAUUUUCUCAUCUUACUCUUGGCAGCAAAGUUAUGAAGCCAGUUUUCCCCAAAAUAAAAUCCCAUCAUUUAAGGUGAUGUUGAAACCUGCUGGUUCACCUGCUGUUGUGUUGCAGUGUCUCCUGCAUCCACAGUCCUCCCCAUCCCACCUCCUCUCCACGUUGCACAGCUCCUGUAAAGAAAAUGUCUUCAGUAAUGAUAUAUUAAAAAGACAAUGCCAGUCUUUCUAACUGCUUUCAACCUAGAACAUGACAAUAUAUCACAUAUAAAGGUUAUAUAUCACAGAUGUUUGUAUGCCAUUCAUGUUGUUUAAAUUGAGAAGCGAGUGGUUUUGAUGUAGUUGUUCGGUUUGUAAAUAUUAUAGCUAUUUGGGCCCACAGUAUGCAUCACACUUACAUUUGAUGUAAGAGCACUUUUUUUCCCCCACUGCUAUGUAAUACGAUGUGUGGAAGUUAUACAUGUAAUUGUGUGAGAGAAAGAUUUGUAUGUAUUUGUAUGUGUAAAUAUACAACAGAGACUGGAAGAAUGCUGAAUCUGGGCUCCGUGGAUCACUUGCGUUUUACCAGUUAAUUAUAAAUAACAUUUUUACUGUAGAUAUGAGUGCAUUUUUCAGUCUUCAGGUUUGAUUUACAUUUUUUCUAGACAAAUAUGUUUUUUUUUUCUGCACUGUAACACAUGAUGAAACACAUGUAUGGUCCCCAUAUCUGUAGAUACAAACCAUGAAGCAAUCAGUAGCCAUCUCUCAUUGCGCUUGUAGUGUUUUAGUGAACUGCAUGCAGGAAGUGACUACUGUCCGCUCAUAUGGUAAUAUAAUUUUAAAACCAAAAGAAUAAAGGACAUAUUUUUUGUAAAUGCUUUAUUUUCUCUUUCUUUUCCAUUCUCUAUGAUUGCUUUACAGGUUGAACAGGAUCAUUCAUGUGAUUCAAGGUUAUGUUACACUUAAAUAUGUAUUAAUUUGCAAAAUGUGACAAGUGACUUUUUUUCUUUUUGUUAUAACCAAAGAUGUGGCAACUAAACAAAAUCUAGUUUCCAAAAUAAACCUAUUUUGGGAAGCA